AUGGAGAAGUUUCAGAGCGUCCUGAGAGUCCUGAUGGACCGCAAAGUCGCCAUCGGCUACAGCUUCCUGGCUCUGCUGACCAUGGGGGGUGAGCGCCUGUUUUCUCUAGUGGCAUUCCAGUGCCCCUGCAACAGGAACAACUUCCCAUAUGGGAUGGUGUUCCUGCUGGCCCCUGCCUGGGUCCUGCUGGUCAUCAGCUACUUCCUGAACAACAGGGCAUGGAGGCUCUUCACCGGCUGCUGCAAGAGCUCCUUGAAGGCCACAUCAGUGGGGUCACCAGCGUUUCGAAGGACGUGCCUCCGUGGCUUCUGCGUCUUUAGUCGGGUUACCCUGGAAGCGCUCGUGGCCCCGCUGAUGUGGCUAUCGGUGGCCCUGCUCCAUGGAACAUUCUACGAAUGCGCCAUGAGUGGUACGUCAGAGAAGGGCCUCCUGUGGGCGGUGUGUGAGGGCAAAAACCCCCAGUGCCAGGGGGAGUUACACAAGGUGGUCUGUGGGCAGGCGGCCCUGACUGCCCAGGACACACAGGAGCUGAAGCGAUCCCUGCAGGCACAGUCACAGAUCCUAGGCUGGAUCCUGAUUUCUGCAAUAUCCUUGGUCACUCUGCUGGUAGCCUGCUGCAGCAGCUGCUGGUCUAAAGUCAGCCACCUGCAGAUGAAGUUCUGGAAGAUAUAUGCCCAGCAGGAGCGGGAGCAGGUCGAGAAAGCCUUCCAGGAACGCGCGGGCCAGCUGAGCGUCCGCAACCUGCAGUGCUUCUUGGAGAACAAGCAGCCUGAGCCCUUCGCCCUGCCCUCUAUCAAGGCCUGGGAAGAUGCAUCAGACCUCUAUUUGCUCCAAGCUGGCCAGCAGCACUACAGUACACUCCACCGCGUGGUCGAGGGCGGCACAAAGAGCAGCCCUGCCGGCUCCGAGAUGGCGUUGGACUUUGUGGACGGCCACCAUGAUGUGUAGGGUCUGGCACCCUGGGGUUCCUCAGGGUUUCCAACCAACACCCAUCAUUAUGGAUGUUGGAUGGGAGGGCCCAAAGGGGUACCUCUCCCUCCCAAUUUCUCUGUGAAACUAGAAACUGGCAUCCGGGAGGGCAACCAACCCACAGAUCCUUCCUAGCAGUCCCGGUGUCUGGAUGGAGGCAACGUCCUGAGUUGGAAGGGCCGUUGAGUUGACCCGGGAAUGACUCUGCUACAGGUCUGAUGUUCUAAGUCGUUCUGUUGGCAGGGCCGACAGUGCUGGAGGAUUUGGGAUGACCUGCGGAUGAGCUGCCCACACUGGGUCACCCGGGGGAAAGUUAGGAAUGCAGAGGGGAGAGUUGGAGUGGCAGGUGGCCCAUCCCUAACCAUGAGGGUGGGUGCCCAGGAGGUCAACCGGCCGUCGGUUUCUCCAAGGCCAUGUUGGAGACAGAAUCCUGGCCCGGAUGGAACGUGGGGCUGAUCACGGGUGGGGUCGCUCGGAAGCUGAACUAGAGGUGCACUGUUCAGGGGUUGAAGCUUUGCCCUGACUUCAGCCCACUGAGAUAGUCCCAGUGGGAAGGGACAAAGGGUAAGGUUUGGGGGGAAGGGGGACAGAGGGAAGAAGAUUGCCUUCCUGGACCAGCGCCAAGCCUUGACCUGCCUGCUGUAAUGGGCUGUUCCCAGGAGUCAGAGCCAGCCGAUGUUGGCCUCGGAACACAAGCUAAUUCAAUAAAGGAGGCUCCUCGCGUAGGCAGACAAGCAUGGUUUCCAGGCUCGGGGGAUUAGUCAGAUCACCAGCCUGUGCAGCUGGAGGGUAAUUCUACCCCCAGAACUGAAGAGCAGGGCUGCCUGCCUGAGCUGAGUGCAGCAGGAGAAAUGGGCUGGCAUGUGGGGAGACUGUCAGUGGGGCUUGGAGGCAGAGAUCCUGGCCUCAGGCCAAGUGGAGGUUGUGGUUUGGGGGUUGUCUCUGCCCAAGGAAAAUCACCAGAACAUAAAUAUGCAGAUCCUAAAGCCCAGAAACGUUGACCUGGGCGUCCAGGUUUCUGGGGGUUGGGUGGCCCAGAGAGGGGCAAGAUUGCUGAGUGUCAGUCAGCACUGGGCCUUCACCUCCUGGGAUCACCAGCCUAGGAGGAAGCUUACUGGGGCUACACAUGGAGGGUAAUGCCGGCACAUGAUCCCUGCAUCCCACCCCUAUUCCUGGUGUCCCACCCUUGCCCCUAACAUUGUAAGAGUGGUAGCUAGAGAGCAGAUAGGAGCCACCCUCUGCCCUCUAACUUAUCUCUUACUUCCUCUGCACCCCUUUACCUGUCUGGGAAGGUGGCAUUGUCCAAAGGUGUAGACACUCCCUCCUUCAUCCUCCCUCAGCUCUAGAAAAUCAGCCCUCCAAGGCUGGGAGAGGCCGUGAAAGUCAUAUGGUCCAGCCCUCUGCAUCUAGGCAGAUGAACACCUAACCCAUUCUGGGCAGAUGCGUGCCUAUAAUCUGACCUAGUUCUAUGAAGGGCUGAGUCUGGCCUUUUGAAUUCCUGUUAGUGGCCUGGAGCUUGGGGCUGGGGAAUUUGAUUAUCAAACAGGGCAUGAGGAACCCACUGGAGUUGGAGGGUGGUGAGUUCAAAACAAAAAAGCAAUGGGGGCAGCAUGGCCUAGUGGGAAGGGCAUCAGCCUGGAAAU